GCGCGCGGAGCCGGGCCGGUGGAGCCGCGUCGCCCCGCCAGUGUGCUUCUCUUGCAGGCCUUGCAGGCGGGCCCCGCGCAGCACCGCGUACCGCGCAUUCGCACCGCGAGGGAAGUGCCACCGAACGCACUGACGCGCUGCAGUUUGAGGAGUGUAGUGCAGUCCCCACAGGAUUACGGUUUCUUCCCGGCGAGACCUGCUCCACGCUGACAGUGUGGGCCUUUGAUAAUCUUCCGCCGCGCCCGUCGCGCAGGCCCGGGAGGAGCGCGCCAGACGCCAGGAUGAGGACGCCAGGAGGAGACGCAGGAUGAAGCCAAGCUGCUGCUACAUGACUGGAAGCCUGAACAGCAUUGGCCGGUUGGCGCGACGCAGCGGGUCCAAGCGCCGGCGCCUCGACGCCGAGGUGCCGGCCGCGGUGCCGGCCGCCGAGUUCAAGGAUGACGACGACGAGGAGGACGACGACGAGGAAUGGCUAGACGCCGGGGUGUUGGACCGGCACCAGGCCCAGGCCGCGGUGGGGCCGUUUGGGACGUUGCACGACGCGGACCUCGCCGACGAUGACUCCCCGGUGGAGGCGGAGGGGCCGGUGCCCGAGGCCGGACGGGGCCUCGACGGCGUGGACACGGGUUGGUGGCCGCGCGCGCUGGUGUGGGGCAGGCCUAGCGACGUGCGCAGAGCGCCGCCCUCUCGACAUCACCGCCUUGGCGCGCUGGGGCUGCAGGGCGCGUCGUCGUCCGCCUCCAGGACCGCGCGGCUGGGCCACGACCACGGCCGCCUGAACCAGGGGCGCGAUGUCGGGGACGCCUUCAGCCCCAAGGACACCCUUGGAAGGCAAAACACUGCUGACCCGGGGGUUGCAAACCAGAGGGAGCAGGACUGGUCGCAGCUGCCCACCGACCUCCUCAUCACCAUCUUCCAGCUGCUGGCGCUGCAGGACCUGGGCCGGUGCGCGCAGGUGUGCCGGGGCUGGCGGCGCGCGUCGCAGGAGCCCUGCCUGUGGAGGACGGCCGAGUUCGUGCUCGGGAGCACCCUCAGGCCGGAGCCGACGCCGCCCGCGCUGGUCAACUUCAUCCUCGAGGAGCACGCGCAGCACCUCAAGUUCGUGGUGCUGCGGACGGACAGCUCGGCCGAGUCGGCGCGGGGCGCGUGCCGCAUCCUGGCCCGCCUCGUCAAGUGCUCGCUCAAGACGCUGGCGCUCAUGUCGGGCGCGGCGCGGCCCUCGCUGCUCGACGUGGACGGCGCGGAGGAGAAGCAGUUCGCCUCGGCGCUCACGCUCGUGCUGGACCACUCGUCGCCGUCGCUGCGCGCGCUGGCCGUGGACCACACGCUGGUGGACGACCCCUCGCUGCAGGCCCUCGCCGGCGUGGGCUCCAGCUCGGCGGGGUCGCUGCAGCUGCUGCGCUGCAAGAGCUGCCCCCGGCUGUCACCCGGAGGUGUCCUGGCGCUGGUCGACCACUGCCGCUGCCUGCGCGAGCUGUCCAUCAGCUACACGCUGCUCAGCGACGACCUCCUCAACGCCCUGUCCUCCGAGCGGCACGUAUGCCUGGAGGUGCUGCGCGUGGACGUGUACACGGACGCCGACACGGCGCUGCGGCCCAUCGCCUCGUCGUCCUGGCGCGCCCUGGUGGCGCACUCGCCGCAGCUCAACCUCGUCAUGUACCUGUUCGCCAUCCAGGACGAGUCCUUCGACAACCUGUUCACGUCCUACAUCCCCGUCACCCACCUCUACUUCGGGGACUACGUGCCCACGUCCGUGCUCAGCCGCGUGGGCGCGUUCUGCCCCCGCCUCGUGGAGCUGGUGGUGGGCGCCAACGGCAACUCCGUCAUCGACAAGCAGCUGCUGGACGUGGCCACCAACUGCCAGCAGCUGUCGUCGCUGGGCCUGGCCGAGUGCCAGGUGACGUGCAGCGCCCUGGUGCGCCUGGCCGAGGCGUGCGGUCCGCGGCUCUCGCAGCUCGUCGUCAUGGAGGAGUGCCUCGUGGAGGACGGCGUGCACGACCUGGCCUCCACGUGCGCCAGCGUGUCCAGGGUGCUGGGCAGGGACUGGAGCCCCGAGUUCAUGCCCAUGUGGUGACCGCGGUGACGGACCGCGCCAGCGAACAGACUGAUCUUCCCAAACCCAUGCGCUGUGGCGACGAGGUCAUUUCUGCACUUCUGCAGGGGUUUGUUUAUUAAAGACCAUGUAAUUUAUCAGACGAUCGAGCUGUGGUUUCGCAAAGAACCACUGCCGUGUGUCUACUCUAUAAGAAUCUUAUUCUAAUAAAAGCCAAAGUCGAAUAUA